AUUGAUGUGUGACAGCGUGACAUCCUGUGACCAAACCUUGCCUUACUGAUGGACUUCAUCAACUUACGAGCACGCGCGUUACUCAUGCGAGGAUGGUAUACAUCGCCUCCUGGCAAGAGUUUCAGGAAGCAGCUGAAAACCUUUACACAAAAUCUCCCAACAAAGCUCGAUAUUGUGUGAAAUGGAGAUCAUCAGAGGGCAAGCUCGUCCUGAAGAUUACAGAUGAUACGACAUGCAUAAAGUUCAAAACUUACUCCUCAAUCUUCCUCAAUCGAUUCGAGGCUCUGAACCUAUCGCUAAUGCAGAAAAUGCAGAAUAAACGCCCUACACCAAUCGUACAUGCCCUAGGUGCACCUGAUACCACCAAGGACGCAGACCAGACACGCUCGUCGUCUCCGUUCGUUGCACAACCCGCAGGUCCUGCAUCUGGAGGCGUCAAGAAGAAAAAGCCAAAGAAGAAGAAGUAGGAGCAA